AUGGCCCAGUUGAGUAGAAUCAACAAUCUUGUUCAAGGUACCCAAAAUUUUCACCAUUCUUCUACUUCCCACAAACCCAAAUCAGCAAAUUCAGUUUCGUUGAAGUCUGGUCUUUGGGGAUCCUCAAAAUCAUGGAGCUUGAAGCAUAAAAAUGGAGUCUUUGUUGGAAAUUGUGAUGUGGGUAGGGGGAAUUCCUUUGUGAUGAAGGCUUCUGCUUCGGUUGCCGCCGCAGAGAAGCCGUCGACCGUGCCGGAGAUUGUGCUGGAACCCAUAAGUGAAAUUUCUGGUACCAUUACUUUGCCUGGAUCAAAGUCUCUCUCCAAUCGAAUUCUGCUUCUAGCUGCUCUCUCUGAGGGAACAACUGUUGUAGAGAACUUGUUAGAUAGUGAGGAUAUUCAUUACAUGCUCGAGGCAUUGAAGGUCCUUGGACUUCGAGUGGAAGACGACAAAAUAACCAAACAAGCAGUUGUGGAAGGCAGUGGGGGAUUAUUUCCCACCGGUAGAGAAUCUAAAGAUGAAGUUAAUUUAUUCCUUGGAAAUGCUGGUACGGCAAUGCGUCCUUUGACGGCAGCCUUGGUUGCUGCAGGUGGAAAUACAAGAUACAUACUUGAUGGAGUUCCCCGAAUGAGAGAGAGACCAAUUGGAGAUUUGGUUUCCGGUCUCAAGCAACUUGGUGCUGAUGUUGAUUGUUUUCUUGGCACAAACUGUCCACCCGUUCGUAUAAUUGGGAAGGGAGGACUUCCAGGGGGAAAGGUGAAACUGUCCGGAUCUAUUAGCAGUCAGUACCUAACUGCUCUGCUUAUGGCAGCACCGUUGGCUCUAGGUGAUGUUGAAAUUGAGAUUAUUGAUAAGCUGAUUUCUGUUCCGUAUGUGGAAAUGACUUUAAAGUUGAUGGAGCGCUUUGGAGUCUCUGUCGAACACAGUGAUAAUUGGGAUAGGUUUUUGGUCCAUGGAGGUCAAAAGUACAAGUCUCCCGGAAAUGCUUUCGUUGAAGGUGAUGCUUCUAGCGCCAGUUACUUUCUAGCAGGUGCAGCAGUUACCGGUGGAACCAUCACGGUUAUCGGCUGUGGGACAAGCAGUUUACAGGGAGAUGUAAAAUUUGCCGAAGUUCUUGAAAAGAUGGGAGCUAAAGUUACAUGGACAGAAAACAGCGUCACAGUUACCGGGCCUCCACGGGAUUCCUCCGGUCGGAAAGUGUUGCAAGGCAUUGAUGUCAAUAUGAACAAGAUGCCCGAUGUUGCCAUGACACUCGCUGUUGUUGCACUAUUUGCUAACGGUCCAACUGCUAUUAGAGACGUGGCAAGCUGGAGAGUUAAAGAGACAGAAAGAAUGAUAGCAAUCUGCACAGAACUCAGAAAGCUGGGAGCAACAGUCGAAGAAGGUCCCGAUUACUGCGUGAUAACACCACCUGAGAAACUGAAUAUCGCGUCAAUAGACACAUACGACGAUCAUAGAAUGGCGAUGGCAUUUUCUCUUGCUGCUUGCGGCGAUGUUCCGGUCACCAUCAAGGAUCCUGGUUGCACAAGAAAAACCUUCCCUGACUACUUUCAAGUCCUUGAGAGGUUUACAAAGCAUUAA